GAACACACAGCUCAGACAUAAUAUACUAAAGUGAACUAGUAUAACGCGUACAGUUUUCUUUACAGUUUACCCGUAUUAUAUGAAAUCUCCCAGUUGUUAUAUGUUUUUACCAGCGUUAUAAACAAUGGAAGCUAAGUCAUUUGAACCCGUUGAUGGAGGUGGUAAUGUAAUGAAACUAAAGAAGAUUGGUGAAAGAAGAUUGGUCCCAAGUGUUCGAGCUGAAAACUGGUGUGGUAUGCGUGACGUGAAAACUAGAGUAGAUGACGUCUUUAUAAUAGAGUAUGCCAAGUCAGGACUUCAUUGGAUUUAUGAAGAUGUGGCCAUGCUGCGUCGUGGAGAAACUGAACUAAUGAAUAGUAUUAUGGAAUUAAAUCAUAUUGACUUUUUGACACCGGCACUUGUGAACCAGAUGACAUCACCAAGAACUAUGUGUACACAUCGCUAUAGCAAUGAAUUACCAGCUGAUAUGUUGGAUCAGAAAUGUAAAAUAAUUCAACUUGUAAGAAAUCCCAAAGAUGUGUGUGUUUCGUAUUUUCACCACCUCCGAGAAAUGAAAAGUUUAGAGUAUGGAGGUUCAUUUGAUGACUUUAUUUCCUUAUAUAAACGAGGGGACGUCCCCUUUAACUCGUGGGAAGAUCAUUUUCUUCACUGGAAGAAGUUUAAACAUGACAAUCCAGGCUAUCCAAUACAUACAAUUAGAUAUGAAGACAUGAAAAGUAGACCAGUUGAGGAGAUUAAAAAGAUGGCUGACUUUUUGGAUAUUUCAUGUUCUGAAAUGAUGUGUCAAAAUAUUGCCCUUGCAACAGCUUUUGCUAAAAUGAAGCAACAGAAGGAAUCCCUUGAAAAUAAGUUUUUGUAUGCAUUCAAAAGUGGAAAAGAAAUAAUGUAUAGAAAAGGAGAAACAGGAGACUGGAAAAAUUAUUUUUCAUCUGCAGAAGCAGAAUCGUUUGAUGCUUAUUAUCGACAAAAGUUAGAUACACUUGAUCAUAUAUAUCUAUCAGAUAAACCUUCAUCUUCUUCCUCUUAAUUUACUGCUUUAAAAGUACUAAACAUAUCCGACAUGAUAACAUAUAACAUUAAAGUACAUUAAAUGGUGAAAUUAUCUGUGAAAAGUACAAGUGUACGGGUAAAUUGAAAAUUAAAGUUGCUGGAUUAAAUCGGGAAUUUAGAAAUUUAGAUGUUGUGUGGAGUUUUCCAAAAUAUUUUCUUACUUGCAUUAAUUAAAAUUUAGAUAAAGAGCUGACUGUUCUUGCUAUAAUAUUUCAAAUGAAUAUCUUGGAAAUUACAUACAAAUUUCUUUAUUGUAAGCGAAAUUUUAACCGUUAGACGUUUUUACAGGAUGUUGCAUAACAAAUUGUUUAUUAUCGUAACAACUGUGCUUGUUAUUCGAGACAGCCUCGAUCGUGUUUUAUCCGUUUAAAUCUACGCCAUCCGAUGAUUUAGAGAGUUGAUUAUAGACCUGUCAUGUGAAUAAAUGUCUAUAACUUUUAAAACCAGAAUAAAGACCUGCAAUAGGCAGAUUUAUCUCUUACAUAAUGCAUCUUUAAGAACGCUUUAUUUGGCUCUGCACAGCUUAAUCAUAUAGACAUUAUACACACUAAACGUAUAUUCUCUAGACAGCAUAACCGUAUACAUUAUACAUUCCC